AUGGCCGCCGCCUCUGGCUCGGUUCGCCUGCUGGGGGAUCCAUCUGCUUUUGCUGCCGCCCUCAAGACUCUCAUCAACAACCCCCAGUUCAGUGAUGUAACUUUUCUGGUUGGCAAAGAGAAGCAGAAAGUCUUUGCCCAUCGUUGUCUACUCUCCACCCGCUGCCAAGUUCUCCAUGCAAUGCUAAGCCAGCCCCAUGAGACACAAGUCCCGCUGAUGUUGAAUCACAUACAGCCAGAAGUGUUCCUUACAGUCAUUGAGUAUCUGUACACCAAUGGUGUCACUCUCAACAAUCUUACGGCCCUUGAGGUUUUGACUUCCUCCAUUGAGUAUGGGUUGAAUGACCUCAGAAAGCUAUGCAUUGAAUUCAUCAAAGACACACUAAAAGUGAACCAAGCAGGUGACGCCUUUCAGGCAGCAGUGGCAUAUGGACUCCUAGAUUUGCAAACAUAUUGCUUGGCCUUUAUUGAGAAUUAUACUCAGGAGGUGAUCCAAACACGUGGGUUCUUGGAACUGUCAGAACAGGCAAUGCAAAUUAUUUUGCAGAGUGACUAUUUGGCUAUUGACGAGGUGAAGCUGAUCCAUGCUGUACGAGAAUGGGCUCAUGUUGGGUCUGCUGUGCUGGAUAGGACUGUGCCCGAUAUGGCACGACCUGUGGUGCCACAGCUGCGUCUGACUCUGCUGUCCCCAAGGGAGCUGACCUCUCUGGAAGAAGAGAACAAAAAAGACCAGAUGAUUCCGGUAGAGAGUUUUGCUGAGGUCUGGAAAACCCAUGCUCUGUGGAAGAGGCGUGGGAUGCCCUCCUCCUUGUGCCAGCGUCGGCGUGGCACAUUGCCUCGAGUCCAUCAUCGCCGCCUUGACCCACAGCAUAAAUGACAUGAUAUCCUUGGAAUGAGGAGGAAACAGCACUUUUAUG